CCCAAGUGGAUUGAUUGAAAUUAUUACCAUAAUAUAAUCAUACAUUUUGGGGGGAGUUUUUACUUUCCAGUGGACCAUCAACGAAGGCCUAUGGUCAUAUUCCCAGAAUUAUUUUGGGGAAAUGUUAAAAUAUGUGUCCUUCUCACAUAAGAAUCACUCUUGUUCUGUAGAGAAAGCUGUAGGCCCUUAAAUGGACAGAUUAAGCCGAAACCUUGGGCUAUAACCUAAUUAAAAUGUGUCUGCAAUACGGAUGCUGUGGGAGAGGAAACUGUUUAAAGUGCGCGCAAAACGUGUUCCUCCCCAAAAGCUUCUCCGCACGUAAAAUGCGCACGCAAAAAGGCUUCAUUUUGGAGGGGUGGGGGCCGGGUGAUGCGUUCACUUGGCCAAGGAGAGUUCUUCCCCUCAUGAAUAACACAAAACCCCCAGGAGCCAAUCAGUGCGCGCGACACGGCGGCCUCCUCCUCCUCCUCCUCCUCCCUCUCCUGGAUGUGCCCAAACUUCCCCUCCUCUCCAACUCCUGUGCUGCUACGAGCGGACCUGUCACACUCAACUAUCUCGGGACAUUUUUUUUUGUCCACGAGAAAAUGUGGUGAAGAAUCAGGUGACCACUUCUUCACCCACUCGAGAUCGUAUCGGAGCGCCCCCCCCCCCCCCCCCCUACCCCCUACCCAGCGCUCAACGCACCCACCCACCCAGCCUUUACAUCCGACACGCACGGCUGCUUGUUUGCAUUUCAGCUUUUUCUGACCCUCGGUCCAGACGCGUUCGUGUCCAAUAAUUUGGUUCUCUUCUUCCUACUUUUCGGAGUGACUUUUUUGGUCGACAUUUUUUUAUUUAUGUUGGUUGGGAUGCACGUUUGAUAGAUAACUUUUCGCUUCGUUGGACUUCGAGUUCGGGUUUUUGUUCGUUUUGUCUAUUCAAAACCCUUGAAGAAGAAAGGUGCUGGGGAAACUGACAUUGGCCCCUGCGUGCUGGCCGGUGUUUAAACGAUAGCAUGUCGUGUUUACCAGGAACGGUGCAGCGGAUGAUGCGUCCCGCGCCUGGACAGAACUACCCGCGGACGGGCUUUCCUCUGGAAGUCUCAACACCCCUGGGUCAGGGUCGAGUGAACCAGCUCGGCGGGGUGUUCAUCAAUGGCCGGCCGCUGCCCAACCACAUCCGCCACAAGAUAGUGGAGAUGGCCCACCACGGAAUCCGGCCCUGCGUCAUCUCCAGGCAGCUCCGCGUGUCGCACGGCUGCGUGUCCAAGAUCCUGUGUCGCUACCAGGAGACGGGAUCCAUCCGGCCGGGGGCCAUAGGGGGUAGCAAGCCCAGGCAAGUGGCGACCCCGGACGUUGAGAAGCGGAUCGAGGAGUACAAGCGGGACAACCCGGGCAUGUUCAGCUGGGAGAUCCGGGACAAGCUUCUGAAGGACGGGGUGUGCGACCGGAGCUCGGUCCCUUCAGUGAGUUCAAUAAGUCGAGUGCUACGGGCUCGAUUUGGGAAGAAAGAAGACGAAGACGAGUGUGAUAAAAAAGAGGAGGACGGAGAGAAGAAAACUAAACAUAGCAUCGACGGCAUUCUAGGCGACAAAGGUAGGGAACCCACAUGGCCCCCGGCCCGCGGGGGGCCUGUUGUGUGUACGGGGGCGCUGCUGUGUUUAAAUCAGCUGUGUGGUUCAGCAAUCGACGGGCCAGAUGGCGUAAGCAAGCGGGAGCAAUCAGCUCGCUGCCUUCAAUCACCUGUUGCCGGGCGGAUUCCCUCCCACGGGAAUGCCAUCGCUGCCAACGUACCAGCUGCAAGAGUCCAGCUAUCCCACGAGUGCACAAGUCCGGUCAGAUGGCGCAGCACGGUGCACCGGCCCCAGCCCCUGCCCCCGUCCUCCAUGCACCAGGGGGCGCUCUCAGGCGCCGACGCCGGCUCCGCCUACGGCCUCUCGUCCAACCGCCACGGCUUCUCCGGCUACUCUGACGGCUUCAUGACCACGGCCGGCUCCACCAAUCACAUGACCCCGGUCAGCAAUGGACUCUCCCCACAGGUGAUGAGCAUCCUCAGCAACCCCAACGCCUUGCCGUCGCAGUCGCAGCACGACUUCUCCAUCUCGCCGCUCCACGGCGGCGGGGGCGGGGGCGUGGGGCUGGACGGCUCCAACGUGUCCGGCGCCGCCGCCCUCUCGGCGAGCUGCAGCCAGCGCGGGGCGGACGGCGGCCUCAAGGUGGUGGACAGCCUGGCCUCGUCCCAGUCCUACUGCCCGCCCACCUACAGCUCCGCCGGCUACGGCGUGGACCCCGGGAUGGGGGCCGGCUACCAGUACAGCCAGUACGGACAGACUGCUGUGGACUACCUGGCCAAGAACGUGGGUCUGUCCGCCCAGCGCAGGAUGAAGCUGGGGGACCACUCGGCCGUGCUGGGGCUCCUCCAGGUGGAGACGGGACAGGCCUACUGAGUGUCUCUCACCGCCACAGUUAGACCCUGGACAGGCCAGAGCUGAGGGGUUCCCCCCCUGGAUGAGAGAGAAUGGGUUUCAGGCACCUUCUGGUAUUUUCUCUCUCUCAGAGCCAGGCGCUAGUUGAUGUGUUGUGUUGUGGGUCUGACUCCCAGACACCUUGACACCUUGUGGUUGGACCCUGGAGGUUCUGGACUUUCACUCUGUGAUCACGCAGAACUUCUGCAGAACUUCAGCCAUAUUUCCUCUGAUCCACGUGUCUGGACCGUAAACAUUCUUUUUUUUUAUUCAAACAUUCACAGUAGGUUUCUUUUUGUGUUUACUUUUAGCUGUGGAGUUUCUUAUGACCUAUGAUGUUUUUACUAUGAUUCCAGCCAAUUUUUACCUUCUUAUCUUCAUUUUAUGCCUUUUAUUUUCUUAAUGACAUUCAAGAACAGAAAAUGGUACGGGUCAAGUUUAGCAUGGUUGAUAUGCACCGACAGGGAGAGAAACAGCAUCACAAUCCCAAUUGAAAGAAAUUUGAGGGGGGAGGAUAAGUCUUUGUUCAAUGUUCCUUUUUAUUUAAUUAUUCAGAAGAUUUGAUUUUGACUGCUGUUAUCUGCUCUCCCAGUGUGAGACCUAGGUCAUUCAGUCAGCUACUCUGUAACACUUCCCUCCAGAAUCAUCUAGAAUUUUCUGCUAUCACAGGGGAUUGUACCCCAUCAUCUUAUCGGUUUCAGUAUGACAGAGAGCAUCUUCCGGCCUCUGCUUACUGCCAUCUACCCGGACGCAAAAAUAUGCUCAAAAACAUUUAUUUAAGUCUUAAAACAGUUCAAAUGUGUAUUGACAUGUUCAACACAGAGGCCAAUUCCGGCUGCCCAUUUUAAAAACAACUAUUUUAUGUAUCAUUCCAAAUGUAAUUGAGUACUUGAAUAUUAUUUUAAACAUAUGCACUGUCUUAAUUUUAAAUCCACAAAUGCGGCAUACUCUCCUCCAGGUAUUAAAGGAAAGUUCCAGUGCCUCAGCCAAGAAUAUAACUAUUCCAGUCAACCUACUGGAUGAUCAAGACAUUCUGCAGAGUGGCCCAACCACUGACUAAACUAGACCUUUUACACCCAGAUGGGUUGCUUUGGUUGUUUGAGACAAAAUGAUAACGAGUUCCUCAAACUAAAUUGUGGUGAGCGUCGUCGUCAGUUUUGAUGUUGACGAAGAGGAUGAGGAAGCUGGUUGUUAGAUUGAUGACGAUGUGAUAUAAAUAAUGAUCGCAAUUGAUGAAAGAAAAUGUGUUUGAAUUGAUUUAAUUCACACAAAUGUACUUUUAUAUAAUUUUUGUUUUCGUUUUUACUAAAACUGUUGAAACCGUCUGGCAUUGGAUCACAGACCAAACCAAACUUCACACACACUCCAUGAGCAACAACCUGUACUCCUGUCUCCGGGACAUCUGUGGAAGACAGAAGGCAGCAUUCAGGCCUCAAGCCACCAUGCUAACACUCUACCUUGUGUACAUAUUAUUUUAUAUGAACGCCAACCAAGGGUGUGUGUGUGUGUGUGUGUGUGUGUGUGUGUGUGUGUGUGUGUGUGUGUGUGUGUGUGUGUGUGUGUGUGUGUGUGUGUGUGUGUGCGUGUGUGUGUGUGUGCGUGCGUGCAUGUGUCGCCGUGUGUGUGUGCGUGCGCGAGUGAUUGUGUGUGUGUUUGUGUGUGUCGGGAUGGUAAAACACCUGCUCAAAUGUAUAGCUCUGUUAUUCUUUUGUCUUUACUGCUCACCACAAGUUGUUGAUUUGUUGUUAUUUGAUUUCUUACACUCUCUUUGUCUGACAUGUAUCUAUAUUUUAUCAUGCCAUAAUUUAUUCUUGUCUAUAUGAAGUAUUAAAGCAGCGGGACUCAUUCAAAGGUGUGUUUGGUUAAAUCGCAACACAGCUUCUGUUCCUGCAUUUCUGUUGCUUCCAGAUUUUAAAUAAACUGGCUGUUACAAAUA